CGACCAUGUCCCCAUAAAAAGAAGGAGCAGCGGUCCAACCGUAAAUUUCUCAACGCCACCGGGUUAUUUACGUAAAAAUAAGAAGAAAAAGGAGAGAAGGAAUGAUGAAUAUGAUCCGAAAACACUGUUUGAGAUUCAGCAGUUGGCGGUGGUGAAGAGAAUUAAUGGGGAUGGUUUCUGAAAACCCUUUUUCUUUUUCAAACCGCUCUCCAACUCCUAAGCUCUGCAGUUCCUUCACCACUCGUAUCUUUUCAGAUGUUGCCGGGGACAUUACAAUCGUCGUGGAUGGAGAGUCUUUCUUGCUGCAUAAGUUUCCACUGGUGUCUAGAAGUGGAAAGAUUCGGAAAAUGGUUGCAGACACCAAGGAUUCAUCGGCAAAAUUGGAGCUCCUCGACAUACCAGGAGGGGCGCAGGCAUUUGAACUCGCAAUGAAAUUCUGUUAUGGCAUAAACUUUGAGAUCACAACUGUAAAUGUAGCCCAUCUGCGUUGCGCUGCAGAGUACUUGGAAAUGACUGAAGACUACAGGGAUGAAAACCUCAUUGCACGAACGGAGACUUAUCUGAGUGAAGUUGUAGUUGAGAGUCUCGAAAAGUCAGUAGAAGUCCUUGCCACGUGUGAGACGCUACCUUCUAUAGCGGAGGAGGUUGAAAUUCCUAGUAGAUGUGUGGAGGCUAUUGCCAUGAAUGCUUGCAAGGAACAAUUAGUAUCAGGGUUGUCAAUGUUAAGUUGUGGCGGUGAGUCUACAGAGCUUAAGAGUGAUCGUCUUGAGUGGUGGGUUGAAGAUCUCUCGAUUCUGAGGAUCGAUUAUUAUCAAAGGGUUAUAUGUGCUAUGACAAGACUAGGUGUUCGACCGGAUAGCAUUUUUGCAUCUUUGAUGCAUUUUGCUCAAGCAUCCUUGAAGGGAAUCGGAAAAUGUCAAAUUUGGAAUCCAGGAAAAGUGAAGCCAAUUGCUGGCAUGGCAGAACAUGACCAGAAAACCGUUGUGGAAACCCUCGUUAGCUUAAUGCCAACAGAGAAAAGUUGUUCGGUGCCAUUGAGUUUUAUGUUUGGAAUGCUGAGAAUGGCAAUAAUGGUGGAUGCAACAAUAGCCUGCAGGCUUGAGCUCGAAAGGAGGAUUGCUUUACGGUUGGAAAUGGUUUCGAUUGAUGAUCUCCUUAUACCCUCAAUCCAAGCAGGGGGUUCGUUGUAUGAUGUUGACACCGUUCAUCGAAUACUGGUGAAUUUUCUGCAGCGGAUUGAGGAAGAAGAAGAAAGUGAAGAUUGUGGAUAUGAGUCCGAAGGCCUUGGUUCUCCGAGUCAUGGUUCAUUAUUGAAAGUUGGAAAGCUUAUUGACUCAUAUCUAGCUGAAAUUGCUCCUGAUCCUUACCUGAGCUUACCAAAAUUCAUUGCCAUGAUUGAAAUACUGCCCGAUUAUGCACGUGUGAUUGAUGACGGGAUUUACAGGGCGGUGGAUAUAUAUUUGAAGGUUCAUUCAAUGAUCACUGAACAAGAAUGCAAGAAGCUGUGCAAGUUCAUAAACUGCCAAAAGCUCUCUCAAGAAGCCUGCAAUCACGCUGCACAAAACGAUAGACUCCCAGUCAAGAUGACAGUGCAAGUCCUGUACUUCGAGCAGCUCCGCUUGAAGAAUGCAUUGUCUGGAAGCUCAGGAGACGGGUUCCCCUCGCAGAGAAUAAGCAGUGGUGUGCCAAGCGCAGCCAUGUCCCCUCGAGACAACUAUGCUUCGUUAAGGAGAGAAAACCGAGAACUGAAGCUGGAGAUUUCGAGAAUGAGAGUGAGGCUGAGUGAAUUGGAGAAAGAGCAGUUGUUUAUGAAACAAGGAAUGAUGGAUAAAACAGGACACGGGAAGACUUUCUUGACCUCACUCUCUAAAGGGAUCGGAAGGAUUGGGAUUUUUAAUGGCCAAGCGGGAGGCAAACCGAAGAAAUCAGGUCGGAAGUCCCGGGGAUCUGAGGGGAAAACUGGUAGGAGUAAAAGAUAUUCUGUUUCCUAGGUAGCUGCUUUGCUAACAAAAAUAUUGUCUUCAGAAGUACUUCGGAGGUAGCUUAGAAGGUUUUGAAGGGCUCCCGAAGUUUGUAUCACGUAUGCAAAGAGUAAUGCUACAUGUAUCACAUUUAGUGACCGCAUUGUUUACGGAGAUGGAUUCUACUCGAAUCCCGCUUCAUGUGUUCAAUAAUGUGGUCUAAAUGUUAUACAAGUAGUUCUAUUGAUCUUUGAAAUAACAAUUAGAAUCUCUUAAGUCUGUUUUAUUUUCCUAACACAUGAAUUCGGAGUUUUUAGUAAACAGUGUAACAUAUUAUGAAUUAGCUUACCCUAAUUUAAGAGUAAGCUAAGAAUCGUUAUUUUCUGGAAGCAAAAGUUCAUCA